UCGGGACAAGGACGUGCAGGGCCGUGCGGGCAGAGGGACGGCGGCCCCCGCGGCCCGGCUCGCUGUGUGGCAGCGGGCCCCGUUCCCGCACGGCACGGCACGGCCGCGGACUACAACUCCCAGCGCUCCGCGGCGCGGCCCGGCGGCGGCGGCCGAGGAAACGAAAGCGGCUGUCCCGGGAGCAGACUUCACCUUCAGGCCGCAGCAUGAACGGCAGCGUGGGGAGCGGCUGCGGCGGCCUGUCCGAGGAGGUCAUCAGGCUCACCCGCAGACCCUCAGGGCUGGGCUUCAACAUUGUUGGUGGGACAGAUCAGCAGUACAUUUCCAAUGACAGCAGCAUCUAUGUCAGCCGGAUCAAAAAGGAUGGGGCAGCUUACCUUGAUGGCCGCUUACGAGAAGGAGAUAAAAUUGUAGCGGUCAAUGGCAGAGGCUUGAAGGAUUUGCUGCACAAGGAUGCUGUGGAAAUGUUCAGGAAUGCAGGCUCUGACGUGUCUCUGACAGUGCAGCGCAGGUUGCAGCCACAAAAUGGCCCUGUGGGUCACAGAGGCGAUGGAGAAUCAGGUGGGCUUCCUCUAGCAGCCAUUCUUGUGCCGGGCCUGGCUCUUGCUGCAGCAGCUGUCUGGAUCUCGCUGAGGUAUCGGCAGCGGAUGUGAAGAGGUCACAUUUGGGAUAUCACUGCGUGGUUUACACAGCUCUGAUGUAAUUUAAAGAUAGAGAAUCAACGAUUUAUCACAGACUGAUGUCAAAAAGGAUCAUUGCCUAUCAUAAAGCUGCUGCAGAUGUUCUUUAUAUAUUGAUUUUGUGGCAGGGUGGAUGGAAGGGGAAAAGGGGAAGGGAAAUGCCCGUGUUCACAUGUAGGGUGGGAGAGCUGUUUCUUUCACUAACCUGAGGAGGUGUCGCCGCACCCCUCAGUUUUGCACCACGAACUUUCAAACACACUCGUUUAUUCCACGUUUGAAGAUGUGACUUUUGGUUAAAGAGAGUGGGAGCUGAGGUGGUUCUAAAUCAAAAGCAUUUAUUAGAGGCUUUGCCUUGUUUCCACUGAUUUUUUUCUUGAAACUAAGGGUCCCUGUCUGAAGCCUGAAUAAAGAGAAGCAAUGCCGAGGGUACGUUAUUUUUCCAUUGAGUUUUUGUCGGUUGUUGCUAAAUA